AUCAAUAGAAACCAAAGCCUUAAUGCAUUCACAACUAUGGAUGUAAUGGGAUAGGGUUUAUUAAGGAGAUUACAAUUUACAAUCCAUUUAUUAUUAUUAUUAUUUAUACUUUUUUAUUUUAAUUUUUUUGUGGAAUUUUAUUUUAUUUUAUUAUCUUUUUAGGGGGUUGUGUAAUGAGAUUGUCAGUACUAAAGAGGUUAACAUGGUAAAGGAGUGAAACAAUCCGACCCGAUAAUGUUUCCGAUCAUCGGAUCCCCAGGGGAUGGGUCAUGAAGAUCCGUUAGUUUGUGGACCGAACGAGUAUUUAAACGAUGAACGAAGCGCGCCGCCCACGAGUCGGUCGAGGUUUCCCUUUGUCGAAGCCAUCACUUGCGAUCGCCGUUCUCCGCCGAGCGAGGUAUAAAACACAGCGUAUGGAUUGCAAAUGGUUGUCUCAAGCUGUUCCUUAUAUUUCACAUGUUGAUUCUAGAAUGGUUAGGAUAUCAAGAUACGCCACAUCUUCCUUCUCAAAGUUGAAUUACAUGCAUGAUAGUGACAAAUUAUGUAUGGAGAGGUUGGAUCACAAGGACUGGCUAGCACCAAAUGAAAUGCUGAAAAUAUUUAGAAAUGUGAGAAAUCCUGAACUUAUUAUUAAUGCAUUCAAAAAAGCUGCUAGACGUAUUGAUUAUAGACCUAGUGAAGCACUUUAUAGUUUGUUGAUUGAUAGACUUGCUUACUCUCGGAAAUUUGCUUAUGUUGAGGAUCUCCUAGACAAGGCUAAAUGCGAGAAGUGCAGACUUUCUGAUGACUUCUUUUAUAGAUUGAUCAAAAUGUAUGGUAAUGUGGCAAAUCAUCCUGAUAAGGCAAUUGAAACGCUCCUCAAGAUGCCAGAUUUUAAUUGUUGGCCCACUGUCAAGACCUUCAAUUAUGUUCUUAACAUGCUUGUAAAUACUCGGCAGUUUGAGGUUAUUCAUGAGGUUUAUUUAAGUGCUCCAAGAUUGGGUAUAACUCUUGACACAUGUUGCUUUAACAUUCUGAUCAAGGGUUUGUGUGACUGUGAUAAGUUGGAUGCUGCUUUUUCCUUGCUGCAUGAAAUUCCAAAGCAGGGAUGCAGACCUAAUGCAACUACUUAUUCAACAAUUAUGCAUUAUCUCUGUAAGCAUGACGAGGUAAGCGAAGCUCUGGAACUUUGUGAGAGAAUGCAGAAAAAUGGUUGUCAUCCAGACACAAUAGCAUUCAACAUAUUAAUUUCUGGUCUGUGCAAACAAGGAAGAGUGUCUGAGGGUAUGGAAUUCUUAAAGACUAUGAAGUUAAAGGGAUGUUAUCCAAAUUCAGGAACAUACCAGGCACUACUUUAUGGUUUGCUUAGUGCAAAGAAAUUUGUGGAGGCUAAGGAUUUCAUGGGUAUAAUGAUAUCUGAAGGUGUUAAGCCUAGUUAUUCAUCAUACAAGCUGCUCAUUUGUGGUCUUUGUAGGGAGAAUCUUUUGACUGAUGCUGAGCUGGUCCUGGAGCAGAUGGUGCACCAAGGAUUUGUCCCACGAAUGGGCACCUGGAAGAUGAUCCUUGCAUGCAUGCUCUAGAAAAUAUUAAUUAUUUUUUCACUUUAUCUAAUUACCAGUUAUGCCGUGAAAUCAAAUGUAUGGCUGUUUAUGUUCUCAGUUCACAGCUAUACAAUUUAUGUGGUUUCUCUUCCUUAGUUUUGCUUGUGCACUUCAUCUCAGAAGAUUUAGACACUUAAAUGGCUUAAGCAAAUGAAGUUGCUUGAUGGCAUUCUAUCACGGAGUUGACCAGUCAGCUAAUCACAUUACAUCUCCGGAUAAAGGACUAUCAACUGAUGACAUCUGUUUCGGAGGUAUAUAAAGCUGAAGAGAUUUCUGGUAAAUAUAAAGCUGAAGAAAUUAUAGAUGACAUCUGUUUUGGAGGUAUAUAGGUCUGACGAGAGUUCUUUCUUCAAGGUGUAGCCAACUGCCAACAAGUCUCAUACUGGUGGAACAGUGAAAAAUAAAACCACCAUGGAUGGGUCCUUAUUUUAAACCAGUGGAUGGAUCAGUAGAGAGCACCAAAGGCAUGGAUAGAUCAUUAGAAGGGACUAUGGCUGCUGGCGUAUCUGGAGAAGUUACAAUGAAAGGAUGGAUUAAUGUGAAAAGCCACUGUGUUACACUGGAGCAGUAGUAAAUAACAAUGACCUUGAUGGAGCAGUGAAUAUGCAGUCAGAAAUAUUGAUGACAAAGAUGCAUCAGGAAGAAAUACAACUGAUAUGGAUGGAUCUCCAGAACUACUGGCAAUAUGGAUGGAUUAGUGAAAGUUGCUUCUGAGGCAACUGAAAAUUCUCAGUUAGAACCUAAGGUUGUUUUCAUUAAGAAGAAGGAUCAUACAAUUUUGAAUGUGCUAUGUGCAAGGGGCAUCUUUACUGCAAGCCCAUUAUGCAUAUUGUGGUCUCAUAGAAAGAAAUUGCUUGUUGAAUGUGCUUUCUUUACUGAAGCAGAUUACUAUUAUGAAAAGAACAAAAAUUACUAGAUGCAUCAUAAUCAGUCAGAGGUUUAUGAUAUGGAAGAUGAGGGAUUCCUUGGGAAGAUCCAAAAUGGCAAAUAAGUAAUCUGAGGCUAAGGGAUCUUGAGGAGGACGUCACAAAGCUCUUCUUAGAUUUUCUUUUAAAAUAAGUCUGAAGAUCCACCAUUUGUUUAUGCAUUACAAAUUCAUGCAAAAGAAUGUUUGACUUUGACCAACUUCUUCCGGGCUGAUACACAGUCAUGAAAUAAUCAUUGCUACUUUGGUGAUGAAGUCUUGUUUGUUUAAACCCAUCCAACGAGCAGGUUUCACAUACCCUUUGCACCAUUUAUUUGUACAAAUUAUCAUAAGUAAAUUGUUAUAUUUGGUGUUGCAUUACUUUUGGAUGUAUUCGUAUAAUCAUUCAUUUGGAUGUUUAGAAUUUUUAUGGGUGCUAUGUCUAAUAGACAGCCAAAAAAAAUCUUUAUAGAUUGUUGUGCUGAAAUGUCAAAAGUAAUUAUUAUGACCUUUCCUGAUACAUGACAUCACCUUUGUGUAUGGCAUAUUCUUGAAAAUGUUCCAAAAGAUUUUCAUGGUGUGUCCAACCAUGAAUUCCAACUUCCAAAAAGAUUUUGAGGAUUGCAUAUUUGGACGUGGCCCUGCUAUGCAGUCAGAGAAAAAUGGGCUCUUGAUUAUCUUAGAAUUUAUUUUUUUCCUGCCGUGGCAACAUAAUGAUGGGCUGAAACCAUGGACAAUUUCUUUAAGAUUUAUUGUCUCUUCCCAAAUUUAUUGCACAAUUUUUCAAGGCAUUAGUUCAACUAUGUGAACAGAAACUUCCUGAAGAAGCAUGAAUCUAGGGAAAUUAAACCUAUUUUAUUGCAUAUGUCACAAGGCAGUAACUGUUGCAGUAAGCAGUACAUUGUCCAAAGAAGUCUUGAACUUCUUGAUCAUGGCCUUGACAGCUUCAUCAUGGAAAUGGAAAAUUAUGUUUCAUUGUGCUCUUCGGACCGUACAAACACAAGAUGUGAAUGUCAUUGAUCAUGUGCGGCAGAAGACAUUAAAAACAAGCUGUAUUUGUUCCAAUGGUUUUGAGUUUGCUGCUAGAUGACUUUAGAUUGUCAUUUGCCUUUUUUACAGUGUCUAUUGGAGUAUUAUAUACAUGGUCUCACAUGAAGUGCAACUAGGUUUCUAACUCUAUUCACGCAAUGAUUUGUCUUUAUCCUUGUGAUUCUUUUGUUUUCUUGGAUACUAAAACUGCUGUUAAUUAAAUUAGAUAUUUAUAUCAGCAUUAGUUUCUAGAGAACCUAGACUGUUCUGUGAUAUCUGAGAUGUAACUGUUGCACCAUGGGGCUGUUACCUGUAAGUAUUACAUCAGAUGUUGUUGGUAAAUAUUCUUGGCAUUUGACAUGGCUAAUACCUUUACAAGUUUAUUAUUUUCUGAGUUCUGACUUUUUGUUUACUGCUUUUCUUUCUCAGCAAAACUAAAAUUUAAUUUCUUUUGUGUUCAAGGUCAAUGUACUUUCUAACAUGUGCUACCAAAAUUGUCUUAUUGGCUGAUAGACUGCUGAGUGAUAUGCAUCUUUUAGUUGAUUAUUCUUGGUUUAGAAAAGAUCACAGAAUUCUUUUCUUCAUUCUUAUCUAUAACCCUUCAAGUAUGUAAUGAUCUUUGAUCAUAUAGUUUACAUUAGAUAAAGAAAAUUAGCAUAAGGCAUACAUAUAAAUUGUCAUGUCCAUAUUUUGUCAUGUCUUAUAAAUUUGCUGUCUGUAUCAUAUCCUGUGUGUCCACAUGCUCCAUAACAUUUGAUCUAGGUAAUCAUUAAUCGAGGUAAAUGUCAUUGCUACUUGUUAUAAUGUGGCAUUCCUGAGCUAUCUUGUGGGUGUUUUCUACAGUUUUCAUUUGAAUUCCUGCUCCAAAAACUUUGGGUUGAUUAUUUCUUCCCGUCUAGUUUCACUUGGAAAGGCUUUCCCCAGUAGUCUCGCUUGUGGGAAUUACAAUAGAAGAAAUUUUGUAUAUGCUGUAAUGAUUACUGGUUUUACAAAUUUAAAAAUGAUGCUGUGGACAACGGUUUUGUUGAAACUGUUGUCCAUAAUAAUGGUUUUGCAAAACUGAAGACCACUAUUUAUGAUGGUGGUUUUAGACCAGACACUAACAAGUUCACCUUGCCAUCAAAAUUAAGGUUAGCUGGGACAGAUAGAACCCAGUUUAAAAUAUAUAUUAGAAAGAGAGUUAUCUAGGGAAAGAAUUUGUUUUGAUGGUGAUAUUUGCUUUCUGGGUUCUUAUAUUACCUGGGGGAACCUUUGUUUGACUCUUGUCUUGGAAAAUAUCUCCCAAGGAUGUUGGCAUUCUGCUUAUUUUUAUGCUAAAAGUAACCUCUUUUUUUUUGCUUUUUUGACUUGGAUAUUCUGAUUACCUUUCCUCAAAUGAAAAAGCGUUGAUCGCUGGUAAAUAUAUGAUUAUUUCUUUUAAAUUUUAUGCUUUCUGCUCGUCUCCUGUUUGCUCAGUGUUCAGACAUCAUAUUGCAGGCAGGUUUAACUUCCAUGAGGAUUGGCUUACCAUGGCUUCUUCUUCCUUUAAGAAAUUAUUGUAGUGUGAUUGCGGAAUUUGGUUUCUUCCAUUCAUUGCAGAUUUUAUGCUUCCGUUCUUUGUUUUUGCUUUAUAAUUGUGUGCAAUUUUAGUUAUCUAUAUGACCUGUGUGCUUGAGUUCAUAUUUAUGCACAAAUGCACAGUUCUUUCUAAUACCUCCUGGAUAGUUAAAUAUGUUAUGUCCAUUCCUUUAUUGAUGCUUAUUUGGUGAUAAUGGUCAAACGGAUAGGUUUCUGGUUGAUUAUUGGAUUUGACAAAAUGUUAUCUUAAACCAAAAUAGCUUAAGGAGCAUGUGUCUCAGCAGCGCUUGCUGCUGAGUGGACAUGUAAAAGUUUCACAAAAUGUAGAAGACAUUAUAUUUCAUCAUAAUGCAAAAUGACUGAUAGGUUUUGUUAAGUUGGCUCAGUCAAUGUAGUUAAAGGCACUAGGCACUAAAAGACGCUGAGGUGUCAAACAGACUCAACAGACCACUUCAAUUAGGCUCGACCCAGACUGGAUUUGGCUCCGGCACGCUCCUAAACUGCCUGGCACCUGGGCUCGGGCCUCACCUCGUCUCGCCCAGGUGCCUAGGUGGCCGCCUAGUCACUGCUUUCGGUUAUACAUAAAUGUGAGAAAAUCAUACACCUAAUGAUUCUACUGAACAUGGUUGGACUGGAUCAUACAUUUCAACAUGUACCAGGCAAUGAUUAGUCAACUGCGUUGACUAUCACAUAGCAUGUCAGUAAUGAUCAUUUUGUUCAAGGUCAUGGGUAAAUCAUAUCUGUGCAACAAAAUAGAUUGUACAUGGUUGUUGGUUGCUUAUUAUCUGCAGAAUAUAUAGAUAAGCUCAGCCGUCAAGCAACUGUAUAUGCUUUGUUAGAAUUAAUUGUUUGAAGUACUAGCAGAAGGUCUAAUUUGUGCUCAACUAAACCCAAUAAUUGGUUCAUGAUACUUCACCAACAAUCUUCCUUCCACAAUUAUAGCCCCACUGCUGAGAACCUCCUACAGCCACAUCAACUGGGUUUGCAUGAAAUUGACUGGGUAAUAUGUAUUGCCAUCCUGAUACUAGGGAUUAAGACCUGCCUAUUACUUCAGGUCAAUUACUUAUCAUGCAUAAAAAAGAACACAAAUGUUGCACUGGACUCACCAAUUGAGAUGUCAAUUUGGCUACAUAAUGUGGAAAUUUUGGUUCCAUGCAUUCUGAGCCUGAUGUUGGUUUUUGGUUAUUCUUUUGCAAAAAUCUGAUUCAUUUGUUUGUUAUGAUAUUCUUAUGAAUUUUACCAAUAGUGCGGGCCUAUGGUUGAUUUCCUUUAAAUCUUCUUGAAACAAAGAGGUUGCUAAGUUCCAAUACUUUGUUUAGCCUGUGUCAUUCUCUAGGUGAAGAUUUAUCCUCUGAGAAAUUUACAUCGAUAGUUAUCAUAUUGCUGUCCCUUUGCAACUUUGGUUGUUUUGUCUUUUAUGAACUGUAUUUGCUAUGUACUAUGUACAGUGACAAGGGACAGUUUCAUCUUUUCUGAUUUGGUCCACUUGAAUGAAGUAUGAGCAGUUAAGAGAUUGCAAUCUUUGCAGGUGAAGUUUGUGAGACCCACUAGCUACUUUCUUCCAUUCUAUUUUUAAUUUUCUUAUUCCUUUUAGAUGACCAGACCUUAGUGGACCAGUCGCAUUACUACUUUGCAUCCUCUCUUAUGGCACUUGCAUUAUCACCAAGUAUCUGCUAUUAGUAUAGUUCUUACUAAUAUUUCUGUGACCAUUGUUUUCUUUAUCUUCUUGGUUCGCUUUCUAAACCUCAAUUUGGACUUGUUUACAAGUUUGAUAUUCUUUGCAUCUUCAUUUUUAUAAUCUUGCACUAAUAUUACUAAUUAUUGUCUAAAGAACCUUAUGAUAAUGGAGUGUUGGCAAAACAUGAAUAUUUAAGAAAUCUAAUCAUUUUUUCAGCUCAUUGCAAUAUGUUGAUGAAAUUUUCUUUCAUCUUCACUGAAGUUUAAAAAAUGGUAGAUUGAGCGGAUGAAGGAAUUUAAUUUAAAAAAAAUGAAUGGAACAAAUGCAUUUUUUUAACAGAGGCUUAGUGAUGUUAUCAUAAACUUCUUGCUAGGUUAAAUAGUGGGUUAGACUAGAAUGUAUAAAAGAUUCCUAAUGGAAACAAACAAAAAGGGUUGAAAUGUAAUAUAAAUAUGAUUUAACAGUGUCAAGAUGUAAAUUAUGAUGAGGCAAGCAUGAUGUGUGUCCUAAUUAGUCUUCCAUAAGCUAUAUAAUCAUGGUUGACUCGUGUGUGUAACUUUUGGGGUACCAUGAGAAGUGAAGUGGACCAGUGCAUUGGCUAAAGCUCGAAGGCUUCUUUCGGAGCAUUUAGAGCCAGAUCAUCUCACCAAACUAUACCCAGUGGUAACAUAAUGACUAUCCUAUGCAGCUACCAAAUUAGAUUGCUCAUAAGUAUCAGAAAGUGAUUCAUAUCCAAGCUGCUAUGAUGUUUCAGUCAUGGAAGAUAGAGGCUAGAAAAUGAUUUUUCCCUUUUUCUUUUGGUAAUUACUUGAACGUAAUUAACUGAACAUCCUGCUUAAUGACUGACUAAAUUCUAGUUUUUCAUGAAAGUUGUGAUCUUCUCAAGUCUCUGUCUUCACUGGGGAAAAAAGGCAAAAAAACUAGGUGUGGCCUGCUCCUAAAACACACUGCAUGUGGUUGAACACAUUUUAUCUAUGUAUAACUCUUAAAUUGUAUAUCAACAUGGAUGUCUCUUUUUUCAUAUUUUCUGUUGAGGUCCCAAUCAUAUAUUAAUAGUUGGGUAGGAGUAUUUAUUGUUCUAUCCAGUCUUUUAUAUUUGAUAGCACAACAUUUUAAGAUUGACUGUUGCUUGUUCACCAAGUUUAUGUAUUGUCUUUCACCAAAUCUAAGAGUAACUCUAUAUAUGUUAUUGAUAUCCUUGCAAAUAUAAAUUUAUGAUAUUUUUGUUCACGGUAUUCUGCUAUUCAUUAUUUUUUGGUACUAUUCGUACUUUAAGAUUUUAGAGUAGAUUGAAUCCUGAUGUCACUCUUGCGUUCUAAUCCAUUCAUCUAUAUCUUUGGACUUCCAAGAAAGAAGAACAAAGAUGUGUUGGAAAUUAAGUUCUUGGUAAAACACUUUAAAGCAAGAGUUAUGUCAUAGCAUCUCCCUAUAUCUUUAGGUAUGUAAGAUUAAAUGGAUGAUCUCAGUUUAAUUUGGUGGAGAAGACUUGGGUUGCAAGAUCCAGACUCUCCCUGUGCAUAGCACCUAAAUAGGUGGAAUCAAGACACAUAAAUCAAGCAUUCCUAAAUUAUAAGAAUAUAUCAUAAAAUGUACAAGCACAUGAACUGUAAGUAGAGUUUACGAUAAUGUAUAGGUUCUGUAAUAUUAGCUCAGUGAUGGAUAAACCCAAGAAAACUGUGCACCCACCGAUCCAAUCGAACACAUUUAUGCUGAGUUAUGAUCUCAGCAGAAUUUGUUGCAUCAGUCAACCACUAGUCAAACACCUCUACAAUUAUACGUAGGCAUACAGUUAGUUGUCCAUUGUUGUCGGAAAACGAUUCACAACUAAAGUGCCAAUCAAUAUAUUUAAAUCAUGAAAGAUAGCAGUUAGGAAAUAGCAGGCUUCACCUCACUGCAUGUCGAUCAUCCCUUAUCCACAUUGGUAGCAGAUGUUUAACUGGCAGACACUUGUCCUCUCCAAUCAUUCUAGCAUAGGAUGAUUCUUAAUACAAAAAUUAUGAACAGUUCUUUCUAUUUCUAGUUUUUAUCUCAUGUAAGGUUUGAGAAACAAAGCUAGCAUAAAUGCUUGGUUUCUUUAUGUAAAUCCACUGUAAAGGAACUUUUUGCUUUGGGGUUGAUAUAUAUUUUAUUAGCAAGUGGUUCCAAAUAAAAUGGGAUUUUUUUUUCAUAUAUAAUCACCUGUUUCAUACAAGCUUCAGAUAUGAGGAGGCAACUGCAGCAGUCUAAUCACAGAAUUGACCAACAAACUCUAGAUUGGUACCCUCAUAAAUCCCACAUUGAUUAAUGAUAUGGACAUCAUACUAGCACAGCAAAACGAGUUAUAUGUCUAGGUUGCUUUAUGUGUUCUGCCCAGGUCGGAAGCUAGCCUUUGAUGAGCUCUGUCAAGCUUCCUUGACUUGCUGUAACGAGGACUGCUGCUGUGAUGCAGGUGGGAGCAGCAGCAUGUACCCAACUAAAUCCAUUAUUGGCUUCAUAAAUUAUGUCUACCCUCAUGUUUAUUCACCGACGGUCUUCCUGCAAGUUUGAGCACCACAUUUAGAACCUGCUGCAGUCUCAUCAACUAACUGUACUAUUCUUAGUGCAUUCCAUGUAUUUCUGAUGGAGAGGAACCUAUCACAAUCAUGUAUUUGUGAAGUGGUACCAUCACUGGUACCAUUAAUGCAGUAGUUGGGGAUGAUCCCUAUUCAUCAAGCUGUUGUCUCUGUUAGCACAGGUGACCUGCAAAGCUGGGAAAGGAUUUUUGUAUGUUGCACAUCCCAUUGUUGCCAUCAUGUACCAGAACUAAUUUAUGCAUCAUUUUUGCUUGUCUUCGUUCUCAUCAAUGUUAGAUCACCUGUUUCCAUGAGCUUCUCACAAAGGUUCUAAUAAAACGACUUCUUUUGCAGGAUAAAAGCUUGAGGCAGAUCUGUUAAUCUUAUUUUGACAGCCAUGUAGAAAGUUUUAAAAAUUCUGCUGAUGAACAGUGAUCAGGAUGACUUCCCUAAAGGCGUGACUGAUUUUUCAUGACUUCUAUGUGUCCAGGCUAUGAUCACAAGGAGGAGACAUAAGGUGUGCAGAUUACAAAGGACAAAACAGUUGUGUACGUGAGUUGUAGCCUGUUUUAAGAUAUUGUGAUGAUUAUCUACUCAAAAGAAGGGUUAAUUGUAACAAUAAUAACUAGCAGUUGAAACUGUAGGGACAAAUUCUAGGAAACCCGACAUUAAGCAAGAAGUAGGAAGAUCACAUGUUUGGUGCCAAGUCCAAAUCUAUUUCUUCUGUUCGUCUACAGGUCUACAGAAAGAUUAGCUCCAGCCUUAAAAGUUGCAGGCCUUCUUGGAAAGUGAGGCUUUUCCAGAGAUCAAAACAACUGUUUGAAGAUUUUUCUGAUUAGAAACGCCGUGUGAUUGAAGUUUUCUUCUUAAGAAGAGUAAGUAUUACGUUGCUUGAGCAUGUCUUGCAGGACCGCCAAUUGCAUUCUAACGGAAUCGAGCAUUAACGACGAGGUAUCCCUUGUCACAUUCAUAAAAGACCAAGUCUCACCUUUCUUUGUCACAUACAAACUCAGUGGUUCAUCAUGAAAAUAUUUGGACUUAA